AUGGCGAUGGCGCGCCUCGAGCCCCUCCGCCUCCUCCUCCGCCUACCCCCGCGCCGCCGCUCCCGCCUCUUCGCCGCCGCCUUCGUCCCCUCCGCGGCCGCCUCGGCGGAUCCCGACGACCCCCUCAAGGGUUUGGAGGCGGCGGGGGUGGAGCAGAAGGAAGGGAAGCAAGGGGGGCAGCUGCGGAAGAGAGUGAUCUUCGGGCUUGGGAUAGGGUUCGGCGCCGGAGGGAUCGUGGUGGCCGGGGGUUGGGUGUUUACGGUGGCGAUUGCCGCCGUGGUGCUCGCCGGGGCCAGGGAGUACUUUGGGCUGGUUAGGAGUGGGGGGAUUACCGCGGGGAUGACUCCGCCGCCGAGAUACGUUUCGAGGGUUUGCUCUGUUAUCUGCGCUCUCAUGCCCAUACUUACACUGUAUUUUGGACACAUGGAUGUUUCAGUAACAUCCUCAGCUUUUAUUGUUGCAAUUGCAUUGAUUUUACAGAGAGGAAAUCCACGUUUUGCACAGCUGAGUAGUGCUGUGUUUGGACUUUUCUACUGUGGUUAUCUUCCUUGUUUCUGGGUUAAACUGCGCUGUGGAUUGACUGCUCCUGCACUGAACACUAAAUUAGGACGCCAUUGGCCAGUACUUCUUGGUGGGCAAGCUCAUUGGACAGUGGGGCUGGUUGCAACCUUGAUAUCAAUCAGCAGCAUAAUUGCCGCAGACACAUUUGCUUUUCUAGGUGGAAGGGCAUUUGGCCGUACACCGCUGACCAAUAUUAGUCCAAAGAAGACCUUAGAGGGAGCUUUUGCUGGUCUAACUGGCUGUAUAAUCAUCACAGUGCUACUAUCAAAGAUUUUAUCGUGGCCAACAUCCUUGAUUAGUGCAACAGCUUAUGGAGUUCUAAAUUUCGUUGGUUCAUUAUUUGGGGACCUUAUUGAGUCCAUGAUCAAGCGUGAUGCUGGUGUUAAAGACUCCGGAUCUCUCAUACCUGGACAUGGGGGUAUUCUUGAUCGAGUGGACAGCUAUGUUUUUACGGGGGCACUUUGCUACUCAUUUGUGAAAAUUGCCCUACCGCUUUUUGGUGUUUAAGCUCUAUAGAGUUGAUUUCGCGGUUAUUCUCAUAUUAUGUUCAUGCUUGAGAAUAGCAAAGUCGACCAUAGCAAAUUAAUCAUCCAAGAGACGCGCUUCUAGAGCAGGAAUAUGUGGAAAAGGGCCGCAGAUUUAGCGGUGUACCUGCUCAAGGAUAUAUCGCGUGACUAACUUGCAAAACCCGGUAGCUUCUUCGUCCAUUAUGUGUUCUGGUACACUCUCUCUCUCUCUCUCUCUAUCUAAUUGAAUUGGGUUUUUAAGUAUAACAUGAUAUGCAAGCAUACAUCUAGGGACUAGAUUCUUAUAUAUCUUUUAUUUUGUUGUUUGUUGGAGUAAUUGAAUAUGAAAUUUAGCUGAUGUUUUCAAGGUUACCUGAUGCGAACAGCGAGUAUGUCGUCAGGAACAUUGCUUAGUAUUUUCCAUUCUCACCUGACAAUAAAUGUAUAGUCCUUUUCUCAGGGUCGGUUAUUAUUAUUAUUAUUAUUAUUAUUAUUAUUUUCUUCUCGGUAUGCUUACGAGUCAGCAAUUUGUUAUUGACAUUUUUGUUGUUGUUACAUUAAAAACUUUGCUAUAGAAUUCAAGCAAUCAAUUCGACUGCGAAGAAGUAACAUUCCCAAAACAGUGAAAAAAAUAAUUCUUGUGCAUUUCAAAACUGCUUACCGUUGCUUAACUUCGACAGAGAAACCUUGUAUAAGCAAUUUGUCUAGUGAUUUGUAUUUUCUUUUUA